CUUAUGACAUGAGUCUGGAUGAGUAUGAAGACGAUGACCUGUCAGAGGUGACGGAGAUCACGGAUGAGAAUGCUGGCCUUCUGAGCCACCGUGACUUUGAUAUUCAGGAACACAUGAUUUGUCCAUCCAAUAGAAGCAGGGACAUGGGCCGGAGGAGGGGGGCCGUGGAGCUGCAGAAGGAGAUGCUUCAGCUGGACCUGAUAGAUGCUGAGGGAGGCACCCAGGAAGAAGGAGGAGAAGACGAAGAAGAGGAGAAGGAGGAGGAGGAGGAGGAGGAGGAGAGGCCUCUGCUGCUCAUCGAUGAGCACCGAGAGGAAGAGCGGUCACUGAUCGCCGCCAUGGAUACGUACCGGCCCAAGAGACCCACCACCCUUAAUCUGUUCCCGCAGGUGCCAAGGACUCAGGACACAAUUAAUAAUAACUCUUUUGGUAAAAAAGACAGAAGGAAAGAGAAGAAGUCCCAUCCAGCUUCACCUCACAUAAAGGGGGCCCAGCUAGCCACAUGUGAACGUGUUACCCCCGUCGAUGGGGACAAGGUCCAAGCCAGCAGCCGGUUGGUUUGUGAGCCGGCUGCAUCUAUGAAAAACAAAGCUCCUGUGUCUAACUGCAAGAAACAGGAUAAACCUUCUGACAGUGUGGGUAACAACAUCUGUACAGUCCCGGUGUCCAAUCACGCAACCAUGAAGGACACGACCAGGGAUGGGAAUUUGACCGGGACUGUCAGCAAGGAGAAAUCCCAUUAUAACUCCGUUAAUGGAUGCCGGGAACAUGUACAGUACCCUGGAGAAAACGGGUAUACACACCCCAACUCGGAUAAAAACAAGGACAAGAGUAAGGAGACGAGGCAGGACAUCCAGUUGUCACCAGUGGGUGCUGAGCAGGAGAGACCUUUCCUUUCCCAGAGCAGCGACAGCAAUCGCAUGUCCAUCAGCUCCGAUACUGAACUCCCUCCGCUGCAUUUCCAUUCCCUAGCCGAACGUACCAACCCAUCCAUCAGCGAAGAGGAUGAAGUGUACGCUCCAACACCUCCGUGCAGGACCGAUAGCCUCAGUGAGGCAGCAGACUCUGUUUCCAGUACAAAAACAGGCGACACGGCAGCUGUGAAGGCAGCAGAUAGCACGGACGCCUCGGGACUGACGUACGACUCGGUGAAAUACACCCUGGUGGUGGACGAGCACUCGAAGUUGGAGCUGGUUAGUCUAAAGCAGUGUUACCAAGGCUACGACAGCGACAGCGACAACACCGUCUACGAGUCGGCUGUCGACGAUGACGAUGAGGAUCAUGAUGCAGACGACGACGAGGAAGAGUCAGGUGCAGGAGGAUUGAACAGAGACACUUCCGGUCUGUCCACAGACUCUGCCACUGACACCACGUCAGACGUGCCUCGCUCGCGCAAAUUCCUCAACGUCUUCAUAAACAGACGUCCGCGCUUUCCUGGUGUGGAAUCCUUUGGCCUUUUCUCCUGCAUUAUCGAUGGUGAGGAGAGAGAGCAGAGCCACAGGGCAGUGUUCAGGUUCAUCCCGAGGCACGAGGAUGAGCUGGAGUUGGAGGCGGACGACCCGUUGUUGAUGGAAAUGCAAGCGGAGGAUCUGUGGUGUGAAGCCUACAACAUGCGCACCGGCUCCAGAGGCAUUUUUCCGGCUUUCUACGCAGUUAAAAUCACCAAGGACAACCAGCCUAAAGAGGUCAAAAGUGACUGGCUAGACACCUUCUGGGUGAAAUUCCUGGGCUCUGUUCAAGUGCCAUAUCAUAAAGGGAAUGAUGUGCUUUGUGCAGCUAUGCAGAAGAUUGCCACAAACCGAAGAACGAUGCAGUUCAACCCUCCCUCCAUGUGCAUCGUGGAGAUCAACAUAAGAGGAGUGAAGAUCAUCGUUCAGGACGAGUGUGAGGUUUCCGGAAGGGGUGACAAAUACUGUCACUUCUUUCAGCUGAAGAACAUCUCUUUCUGUGGAUGCCAUCCAAAGAACAAAAAGUAUUUUGGACUCAUCACCAAACACCCAGCACACCAGAGGUUCGCCUGCCAUGUGUUCUUCUCAGAGGAGCAUGCUGCAUAUCUGGCUGAAUCUGUCAGCAAAGCGUUUCAGCAGUACUACAAAGAACACAUGGAGUACUCCUGUCCCACAGAGGACAUCUUCCUCGAAUGACCUUUGCUCUGUCAUGUACAUUUGGACUACUGUAUAUCCUAUUAUCCAAGGUGUUGCAUGAUGGGUCACAGAAAUCUCCUUAACAUGUCAUGCUGCGAUGUUUAUGUCUAUUUUAGACAAAGCAUACGAUUAAAAUAAAAGACACGUGUGUUUUUAGCUAAUGCAUACUUUGAAUAGCAAGAAAAAACCUUCACUGAUAAUUCCAACAUGGUCUUAAAUGAUUUAUAAAAUUAGAUUCUAAUUCAUAGAAAUCAUAGAAGAAAUUCAAUAAUUUUUCUGCAUAGAACCAAAUACACACUGUCCUAAAAAACGAAUCAAAUGGGUUUCUGUACAUUAUUAAAUCUUCUUCACUGUAAUGCUUUGGUUCACGUGCACUUUGCUUAGAAAAAUGGGACACGUGCUAGCAUGCUAGCAAAUGUUAACAAGCUAGGUCUCAGUGUCACAGUGUCAGUCUGCCGACAUCCACUGGGCUGGGUUUCCGUUGUUUAGCACCAUGUUGUUGGAUGUUGUAUUCAGUGUGCUUCAAUAUUCAAAGUCAUCAAACUGUAUCAAUGCCUAAAAAGCAUCCAGGCCAUGAAAUCUUUGAAUUUAUGUAACCUCCACAACCUUUUCUUUUUAUUUAGUUUGUAUACAGGUUGAAUGAUGUAUGCAUCAUAUACAGUGCAGUCCAUAAGAAAUCGGUUACAGAUUGCUAAAACACACCAACUCUCUGACGCAUGGUGGUGGUAGUGCCAUGGCUUGGUCUUGUGCUGUUUAAGUGUAAUUACUCAGUGGACAGCAUUUGAGAAUUUGAUUUAAUUGGACUGUCCGAAUUGUUUACUUUUUACUAAUUAUUUACAAUUUUCCGUAUCUUAAAACCCAUUUACGUGCUUGUAAAAAAGGACUAAACUCAACAUGCCAUAAACAAAUAAACAAAUAUUGCCAAAAAAUAGCAGUGUAUUUUUAAACAACAAUUUUAAACAACCUGUCAAUCAAACGAGUCCAGCAGUUCAGAUUUCUAGCUUUUUAUCUUUAAUUUCAUUUUCUUUCAUUUCAGAGAUAUUAUGUUAAGAAAAACAUGUCAAAAAAGUAUUGGCACCCCCUUAAAAAAAGCUCUAAAACUUUGCUAAAGACCAACUGAAUUUUAGUACUGAGGUUUUUGAUCCCAUCUUUACAAAGGGUGCUAAUUGUUUUGGAAAUGCUACAAAUAACAGUAAGAAAAUAUUUCCACCAGUCUGAAUUUUAUCCCGGGGGCACGGUGGCUUAGUGGUUAGCACGUUCGCCUCACACCUCCAGGGUCGGGGUUCGAUUCCUGCCUCCACUUUGUGUGUGUGGAGUUUGCAUGUUCUCCCCGUGCCUCGGGGGUUUCCUCCGGGUACUCCGGUUUCCUCCCCCGGUCCAAAGACAUGCAUGGUAGGUUGAUUGGCAUCUCUGGAAAAUUGUCCCUAGUGUGUGAUUGCGUGAGUGAAUGAGAGUGUGUGUGUGCCCUGCGAUGGGUUGGCACUCCAUCCAGGGUGUAUCCUGCCUUGAUGCCCAAUGACGCCUGAGAUAGGCACAGGCUCCCCGUGACCCGAGGUAGUUCGGAUAAGCGGUAGAAGAACAAACUAUUCAAGAUUCUUUCUUAAAACAAACUAUUCAAGAUGCUAAAAUAUGGUUUGGCUAACUGCAAGCUACAAUAGUCAGCAAUCUCAUUAGCUUUGGGUGAAUUUCCAACUUCAUUGAUAUGCAUGGUAACUUAUGGACUGCACUGUAUGAUAAAAGUGUACUAUAAUUCAGCCACUCGAAUAUAUUAAUUAAAGAUUAAUCAUAUUUAAACAGAGGGUGAUGUACAGUGUUAAAUGUUUAAAAAUCCCUCUUACUAUUAUGAAAUUUGGUGACUAUCAUAUUUAUGAAAGAAAUAUACUGAGCUUCAGAGCAAAUGGUUUAUUGUAAUUGUACAUGUUACACAGGUUUGGACUCAUCAUGUAAACAGGUGAGCACGGUGGAGAAUGAAUUAAGAGCGAAUCCACACAAAUCUACGCUCGGUUUCAUUUUUUUAAGCAUUUUGGAAUGAACACACCCUUACCAGCAUGUACUUUAAUCUGAACUGAAGCUUAGCCACAAAGAGUAUGCAAUAUUUAACCCUUUGAGUGAGUGAGUGAGUGAGUGAGUGAGUGAGUGAGUGAGUGAGUGAGUGAGUGAGUGAGAUAGAGAGAGAGUGAGUGGGUGAGCGAGAGUAAAUGCGUGAGCGAGUGAAUCAAAGAGAGAGAGAGUGAGAUGAGUAAGAUAGAUAGAAUGACAGAGCGAGUGAGUUAGUGAGUGACUGAGAGACAAAGAGAGAAAGAGAGAGAGAGUGAGAGUAAAUGAGUGUGUGAAUGAGAGAGAGAGAGAGAGAGAGAGAGAGAGAGAGAGAGAGAGAGAGAGAGUGGGUGAGUGAGUGAGCGAGCGAGUGAGUGAGUGAAUGAGAGAGACAGAGAGAGUGAGAGAGUAGUGAGUGAGUGAGUGUACGAGUGAAUAGGAGAGAGAGAGACAGAGAGAGAGAGAGAGAGAGACAGAGACAGAGACAGAGAGCGAGUAGUGAGUGGUUUAAAGAGUGUGUAUCUAGUUGACCUUUCAGACAUCUAUUGUUCAAACUAAACUAAACCGUUGUAAGGAACUGGGUUCUGGGUUCUGGGACUUCAGCACAUUAACUUACCAAAUUAACCCAGUUUAGACAAAUUCUGGAUCAAAGUGGGCAUAAAAAAACAGUGCUCAUGAUUUCUAGAUGUUUCUUAUGAACAGUGAUGAUGUUUGGACCGUAUGUGUCUUCAGAUCAAUCCCGCAAAACCACAAGUUGUGCCUAUUCAUUUUGUUUGUUGUGUUGAUUGUACAUGGUGUUUUUAUUUUUAUUUUCAGAUGAUCUUGACUGUACUAUGGAACUGGUUAGAAAUUAAACUUGGUUUGUAAAGAUGUU